AUGAAGAAGGGAACUACUACUGAUGCCAUAAAGGAAUGUGAAGAGAAGAAGAAACGAAGUUCUUCGGGUAUGGAUGGAUUCAAGAAUAUGCAGUGUUUAGAAACGCUGAAAAGGUUAUUGGUUCAUCCAGACGGAGUGUAUUUCAAGAAAGGAAAGGCUUUGAUGGAUUUGGAGAGAGUUCAGCGGAAGCUACGGAACAAUUUGUACAACAAAACUGAUCAAUUUGCUGCUAAUAUCAGAACGGUGUUUCGCAAUGUCAUGUUGCAGUAUCCCCGGGGCAUGAAGUUCAUCGAACCGCCGCGAAGGCAGAAAAGGAAACAAUUUUCUGGUUCAGAUUUGUCAAUUGCUAUUGCCGAAGCUAAAUUGAUAUUGAAGAAGAAGAAAACCAUUGAAGCUGCACAACAGAACAGAGUUUCCUUGCAAAGGAAGAAACAAAGGGAGAUUAUGCAAAAAAUGGAGAGAACAAUUUUCUUUGAUGAUGCUUUCAAGUCCUUUCAGGAUUUGGAAAACUUGUGUGGCCACUCACCGACACAUUAUUGCACAAAGGAAAAUCUAUUGUUGAAGAACCUUACAGGUUUGGUCCUUAGGGAAGAGGAUUUUGAAGACAACAACUUUCUUAAUGAGGAUUUGGAAGAAGGAGAAGUUUUCUGA